ACCACACAGUCAUGCAAAGGAAGAGACGCAGCAUCGUCAGAGCUUUGACAACAACGGGGACACUGGCAAAAACAUCGGCCUGCCCGGCACAAACUCAUUCUUUUUCGCAAGUACAAAUCAAAUGAAAAGGGCUGCCUCUGCCUGGUUAAAGAAGAAGUCUUUGUCCCACCAUGACAUCACCAUCUCUGACUUGACAGAGCUCCUCCAGGGCCUCAGAAGACAUAUUACACCACAGUUUUCACAGGACAAAUGAAGUGACCAACAGGAUACAAUGUCAUCAUUCCAGGUGGUGGAUUCAUCGCCGGGCAGCAGCGUCAGCAUCAUGGAAACAUCCAACUUUGCCCAUGUCAUCUUCCAGAAUGUGGGAAAGAGUUUCCUACCCCAGGCACCCUUGGAGUGCCGUUACACCCUGACCCCUUACAUUGCUCCUCACCCCAAAGACUGGGUGGGCAUUUUCAAGGUGGGUUGGAGCACAGCCAGGGACUACUACACCUUCCUUUGGUCUCCUAUGCCUGAAAACUAUGAACCAGGAAGUACUGUGCACAGGACUGUGGUAUUUCAAGGAUAUUAUGUUCCCAAAUCUGAUGGCGAGUUUUACCAGUUCUGUUAUGUCACUCAUGCUGGUGAUAUCAGAGGAGCCAGUACACCCUUCCAGUUCAGGUCAGCCACGCCCACCGAAGAGCUGCUGACUGUUACAGAGGACGACAGCAACUCAGACAUACUGGUCGUCACCACUAAGACUGGCCUGCUAGAGCGUGUAGAGGAGGCACAGCAGGAGCGCAGGGAACUGCUGAAGGCCAUGCGUCUCCUGCAGGAGGAGAAACAACAGCUGCAGGAGGAGCAGAAACGCCUGGCCAGGGAAAGGGAGCAGGAGAGGGAGACAUGCUGCCUGUUGCGGACACAUAACCAGGAGCUGCUGCGCUCAUCGCAGGGCCUGUCAGAAGAGAGGGAGGAGGUGAGGAGGAGGCUGACAGAGGCCACGGACAGGGUCCGCCAGCUGGAGGAGGACCUCCUGGGAGUCACUCAGAGAGGCCUGCAGAAGGAGACGGAGCUGGAUUGUCUGCGUGACCGUUUGAAGAAGCUGACGGCAGAGAGAGACAGUCUAGAGAGCCAGCUGAAGAAUGAGAAGGAUGAGCGAGAUCUCUAUAAGGCCCACCUGCGCAGUACAGAGCUGGAGAACACGAAGCUGAGUGCAGAGCUGCAGAUGCUGAAGGCAGUGGAGCUGAACCGAGAGGUGACCAUUGCUCAGUUCCAGGAGGAGCUGGAGAGGCUCAGGGCCUGCGUUGCCCAGCGAGAUAGUCUGGAGAAAGAGCUGCUGGCACACAAAGCAGACAAGGCAGAGCUGGCCCGUGUACGUGAGCAGCUCCGUCAGGCUGAAGAGCAGCUUCAGGCGUCCCGGCAGCAGGCCUCCUUACUAGCUUCGGAGCUCCGCGACUCAGCCAGCGCCCGAGACCACACGAUGACUGAGCUGUACCGCGCCCGCGUGGAGGCUGACAAGCUCCGUGCCAGUCUGGCUGAUGCUCAGGCAGAGUGCCAACGCAUGGAGAGCCAGCUUGACCGCAUGAGGAGCACUGCACAGAAGGAAGUGGGUGUUGGGACCAGUGGGGAUCUGACGCCCAGCAUGAUGGUGGUGUCAGAGGCAGAGGCCGAGCUGCAGAGGGAAGUGGAGGAGCUGAAGCUGCGACUCCACAUGGCCGCUGAGCACUAUAAGGAGAAAUACCGGGAGUGUCAGCGCCUCCGCAGACAGGUUGCCAAACUGAACACAGCGGAGUCACAGGGAGAGCCAAAGAGAAAUGCAUCCACUGAGACGACACUGGAGCCACUGACCCCCAGUCCAGAGUCUCCUACAGCAGGAAAUAUAGCUGCUGCAGUCCUACAAGAAGCCACGGAGAUGACAAUCACUCCAGAACUCAAUAACGAACAUCCCACAUAUGCUGACGAACGCAUCAGCACAGAGAAGGAGGAAAGACAGAGAGAGAACACGCUGAAGGAGAAAACUGAGGUGGAGGCUGAAAGGGAAGUGAAACGAAAGGAAGCCAGUGAAAACAAGGAAAAUGAAAAAGAGGAGAAGAAGGAGAGCCUGCCAGAGGAGAGCCUGAGGAUGACGAGCUGGGUGGAGGUGGAGAACGAGAGGCUGAGUGCUGAGGAGAACAGUGAAGGGGAAAGGGCACCGAAGGCAGAGGAAGCGAGGGAUGGCGUGGAGGAGCAGGGGCUGCUGGAGGUGGAGGGGAGGAGCAUGGAGGAGGCAGAGCAGGAACAGACUCGCUCGGUGGAGGAGGAGCUGGCGAUGAUGGAGGAGAAAUGGAGGGAGCAGUGUGCAAUCAACGAGACGCUCAAACAGCGGCUGGCCGACGAGGAGGAGAGAUUCAGAGUGCAGAUGGCGGAGCGAGCCAGUGAGGUGACCGAACUGAAACGCAACCUGGCCCAGGCUCUUAGAGACAAAGAGCAGCUGCAGGAGGAGCUGCAGCGCUUCGUGUCCAGACAGAGGGAGCAGGAGGCUGGCGCUCAGGGUGCUGAGGUCAGGCAGCCGAUGGUGCUGCGCUACCCCCUGCCCUACCCCCAGGACCCCUCCCCUCCACCGCUGGUGCCCCAGAGGCCCGCUGAGCUGCAGUACGGCAAUCCCUACUCCACUGACACCACAAGAGAUCGGGUGGAUGUCGCGCUGUCUCCUGAGCACAUGCCCCGUCCUCCACCUGAGGCUCCACCCUGCGCCCAUCCCUGCGCGCCCCCAAUCACACCUACCAGACCCAGUCUUGGAGCGCCGGGCUGCGAUCGAGAGGUGGUCUGCAUUCAACCCUCCCGCAGCACAAGCCCUCCUGAGAGCCUCGAGCAUCCGCCAGAGGAGCCACAGAAUGUGGGUGAUGGGGCUCAGCCAGCCUGUGACCAUCAGUCCAAAAGACGCAGUGAAGCAAGGAGCAGCUUCUGCUUCGACUCCAGUACUGAUGUUCACAAGCGCUGCCCGCUAUGUGAGGUGAUUUUCCCGCCACACUUUGAGCAGCGCAGCUUCGAGCAGCACGUGGAGAGCCACUGGAAGGUGUGUCCCGUCUGCUCCGAGCAGUUCCCCCUCAACUGUCAGCAGCAGCUCUUCGAGAGGCACGUCCUCACGCACUUUGACGGCCACGUGCUCAACUUCGAGCAGAUCGAAUGAAGGGUGUCGAGGGCAAAAGCUGGGAAUUCUGACCUACUGUAUGGGUAAAUGUGUGUCGUCAGGUUUUAGUUCACUUUGAUCGGGGUUCGGUUAAGUUGUCUCGUUAAAAUACAAUCAUUAGCACUUUCUUGCAAUCUUAAAGGUCUGAAAGAAUGUAGUCGACUUCUGAAAAGGAAGCAGCACUGCGGCGGCUGCUCCACUGAGGUUUAUGUAGGGUAGCUUUCACAUUAAUACACAAUGAACAACGGAUCAUUAACGUUCGGGAGUAGUGCCAUGAUCCUUUACUUUUUAUCGUUUUUAUGCUCAUGGUUUUGCUUCAAGGAACUAAAGCUCCAUUUGAAGUGCAUGCAUAUAUUCUCUGUUCAAAAACAAUCAUGGCCACAUAAUUUCUUCCUACUUUUUGAGAUGAAUUGUAGCAGAAGGUUUAACUUGGGCUUUUGGGGGGAUCAUUUAAAUCUACAGUAAGUGAUAAAGCAGCCAAGACAGUGCGUCAUCUUUCAAAUGUGUGGUAAGACAGUUAAGAAAAUGAUUUUUAAAAGUGUAAAUGCAGAGUGAGAGCUGAAUAUGUGACAUGUUAAAGAGUCACCUGAGUGUGUAUAUAAAUCUGAAGAACCGUGUGCUGUACUAUUGUACGUAUGACAGUGAUGGUUUCAACAGACUGAGCACUACAUUUUCAUGUAUCUGCACUAAAUAAGGCUUUAUUCUGAAUGUACUGUACAUAAAUGAAAAUAAGUUGUGGAGAGACCCGUGAAUUACUGUCGUGAACCUGCCUCCCUUCCUCAUUGUUACCUCCUUCAUCUUUUAGUGAUGAAAGAAGGAUGGACAAAUGAUGGUUUUUAUUUUCCUUGUGUGCACUUUCUGCUCUUAGGUCAGUCGUAAGAAGCUGGGCCGAGAGAAAACAAACCAUGUUUUAGGCAAAUAGACUGCAGGACACGGAUUUACAGACACUUUUAUUGUUAUGUACUUUCAUGUUUUAAAGUUAGGACUGUGAAGAAAAAGUCAUUGCUUUGUGCGCAAGUCUGUCAGCCCUCAUGACUGAAUGUCAUUUAUAUGUUUGUCUUCACAGGGCUUCACACCACCGCUUGUCUAUUUUUCGGUCAUUACAGUGUUCCCUGACAGUGUUGUAUUCAGGCUUUAAAAACUGCACAUGCCCAGUAAUCACAAGGCAAAUCUGUGUGUGUAUGUCAUGUGUCCGAUGCAGCACUUUUCACGUGAGAAUGUCUGGACGGUGGUUUAAGUGUGUACUGCAAAGAUCUUUAUGAAUAAAGUAAGCUUGUCUAAAUGCA